AUGGUUGUCUCGAUUGCAGAGACCAUCGCGCACACGAGGAAGGAAGCGACGCGGAGGCAGCGCAUCGAGGCGGAACAACGGAGACGCGACGAGCUUCGCGACGGGUAUGCGCGGUUGAAGGAGGUGUUGCCCGUGUCCAACCAGAAGAGCAGCAAGGUGUCGCUCCUAGAGCGAGCUACAAACCACAUCGUCCAGCUCGAGAAAAUGAAUCAACAAUUGCAGAAACGUCUGGCUACAAUCGAAGCAGAGGUUAUGAGACUCCGCUCUCUUAAUGAGAAGAUUUCUCUGGGGAACACGCCUUCUCCGAUGUCAAUGGGUGUUGACGCCCGGCCCUUGUCUCCCCCGCCGGAAGGCUCUGCGCCUGGCCACUCCCUCACUUCGGUAUCAGCCCAGGAGGCGCCUCGCGAAGAAUCGAGCCCGUCUCCAUCUGACGGCGGGUACUGA